AUCCUCCUGCAAUAGGAUCUAAUAAGAAAAAGAAACUGUACGUUUUCCGUCAGUUCCUCGGGAAAUGUCAAGAUUUUCCCAGUGAUUGUAUUUUCCCAGAUUAAUAAUUGUCAGGUUAUCCUUUUUACUCUCUUUCGGUUUCGUCGUUUUUUCCAUUUCAUCCCAUUUCUGUUCGAAGCCCUGCGUCGAGGAUGGGCGUUGACUUUCCGCGGAAAUGGCGAUUCACAUCCGCCACGACCCGCAAGAUUUGAACUUCAAGGGUUAGGGUUUGCGAAUUUGUCCAAAUCAGGGAUUUGGGUCAAUUGGGUUUUUAAUAAAUUUCAGAGAUUGGAAGGUUUCUUGUUGAAUUUGGAUUGUUUGGAGGUGCCAUUUUGUUGGGUCGGGCUGUGAAUUUGUUGAUGGAUACGGAUGCUAAGGAUGCUUGUACUACUAAUGGGUGUAAAACUGAGGCGACGUUGGAUACCGGAGACUCUCAGAAAGUUGAGGAAAAUGUUAAUGGAGAUGAAGAUAGUGAGUCUAAUUCUUUGUUGCCUCCUCGGAGAGGGGGUAUGUCGAGGAAAUCGAAUAAAACUCGGCGAAAAGUGCAGUGGAAUGAUAGGAAUGGGAAUAACCUUGUCGAGGUCCUGGAAUUCGAACCGAGAGAGAAUGGUCACCUUCAUGUCGGUCUGUUAUGGACAUGGGGUCCUUCAUGUCUGCCAUAUGCUAGUCAAGCCUUAUACUGAAAUAUCCCUCAAUCGAGCACACAAUUGUCUGCUUAAACAUAAAUGCACUCUGCGGUUUACUGUAUACAGGAAGUAACUUCUCAUGUGUGUCAUAUGUUAGUGUGUCUAUGCUUGUCGGUGUGUGCACGCGCGCACACAUACACGCACACACGCAAGGAAUUGGAAAAGCAAUUCAGGACGAAGAAUUGUUGGUUUAGCACUUCUUUUAUUAAAUUCCAUAACAGUUUCAAGAUAUUCAAUCUACUUUGUUGCAUUUCCAUAGAUUGAAGUAGUCUCCCAUCACGUACUUAUCUGCCUGUAAUCCUGUUAAAAUUGGAAAACAAAAUUACAAAUAGAGUAACUUUUUGCGAUGUUAAUUUCACCAGUAUUAUGUCACUGUUAUAUUUAUUGCUGAUUUGCUAGUCUCUAACCCUGUCUCAAUGUUCAU